CCAACAUGGUUGCCAAGAUGGGGUUAAAUUGCAUUAACAGUGACAACUAAGUAAAGUAUAAGGAUCACAGCAACGUGUGGCAUUAGAUACUACUCUUACUUGUAAACAUUGACAACAAGAUGUUCAGGAGGUUACUGUGUACUUUCAACACAUUGUCUUCACAUACUGCAACACCUACACCAUUAUUACGGAUUAUUGAUGCAAAUCCUGUAAGAUGCAGUCUGGUUACCAGCACAAGACUAAGGUGCAAAGCCAGUGAGGAAGGGGAGGUGCAGGAGGAACGUGAUCCUACCAAAGACCGCUCCAGAGUCAUCCCAGUAGAGACAAGCAUGAAAUACAUAAAGAGUGAAGCUUACCACACUACAUAUGGUUCUGAUCCAGUGUGGAAAAUCUACCGUCGGAACUUUAAGGGUGCCUUUCCUCCACGGAAAACCAGAAAGACCUGCAUCCGUGCAAAGAUGAUCACCACUGGUAAUCCAUGCCCAAUUUGUCGAGAUGAAUACCUUGUCUUGGACUACCGCAAUGUUGAUUUGUUAAAACAGUUUAUCUCUGAACACAACGGAGCAAUCUUAUCUUAUUCAAUGACAAACAUCUGUCAAAGACGUCAUAAGGAGCUCCAAGUGGCUGUACUCAAGGCUCGUGACUACGGUCUCCUAACUUAUGAUGUUCCUUUCCGUGAAUAUGAAUAUUCUGAGUACUAUACACCCAGUAAAAAUGAUAACAAACUAACCACUUAAGAAUAGCCUCAAUGUUGUUUAAUCAUAUAUUGUUUGUCUUAAUUUGUAAAAUACCUGUUGAAAUAGAUACUUUAAAGGCUGACAACAAUCAGGUUAACUUUUGAAACAUAUGCACCUAACCCAUUUAACCAGUAUAUUUUAUCUUUGUUACAGAUUCCUACAUAUUAUUAAAUUUUUGAUUUGCUUAAUUUCAUAUUUUUUAGUGUAGAUUGCAAUAUAUAAAUGUGUAUUAAAAUGAGUGUCUAAAUUAGUUGAAUAGAUCAGUAUUGUAUAUAUUGCACUUGAGAAACUGGCAUGUAAAAAAGAAAAUAGCAGCCAGUAUAUGUUUUGAGUUUUGAGAAACCAUCACAGCCUGUCAUCAGUGUACCAGUUUGACCAAGUUUACUGCAUUUGUCACUCAGGUAGAUGAUUCAUUGGCUUUUAUUUUGCUGAUAUAAAUAUUGAUUCAAGUUUAAAUUGUAAACUCUCUUGAUGCUCUUCAUUCAAUAAAAGUAUGUUUCAAAAGAUAAAAAUUUAGCUCUAACCUGAUUAAUAAAUAGUGUAGUUACUUCAACAUGAAGAUGUAAUUAAAAAUAAUACAUACUUUUAGUAAUAUUGUUGUGCAUAAUAAUAAUUUUGUUAAACUGUAUGUAUAAAUAAAGUACCAAACUGCUUGAAA